GUGUACAUUGGGUCUGUUCGUUUUCGCUGCACUGCUAGUGCAAUAAGUUGAAGUGAGAAAACAUAUAUUUGUCUCGCUUCAACUUAUUGCACUAGUUCAGCGGUGCAGCGAAAACGAACAGACCUAUUCAUUCCUGCGUUCUAAACAUAACCUAAAACGCACGUCUCAUGCACGCCAGCCUUGAGUGUGUUUACCUGUGCGUUUCACCGUGUGCGAAUCACCACUGCUAUCUACUGCCGCUGUUGUAAACAGAAUUCCUACCGAUGCAGGUCGUUGACUUGCACCUUCGAAAUAAGAAAAUACAACGGCCGAACGUAAUCCGCAAAACCGAAGUACAAUCACUCGCAAGAGAUCUCUCUUGCUUGCUGGAGAAGUUCUCGGAGAAAUUAGGUUAAGUCCGGUGAAGCAGACGUCAAGCAUCCUCACGUAGCCGGAAUGACGUUACCCGGCAUUGGAGUGUUCGGUACAGGGAGUAUCGUAAGGAUCAUCAUACCGUUCCUGCGAGAGAAGGGCUUCAGAAUCGAGGCUAUAUGGGGUCGCACCUUGGCGGAGGUCUCGGAGGUGGCGAAGGACCUGGAGAUACCGUUCCAUACCAGCGGCAUAGACGAUGUCCUCCUCAGGAAGGACGUCGACCUGAUCUUCAUAAUGUGCUCGCCAAGCUUGCACUCGCAGAUCGCCGUGAAAGCCUUGGGCAUCGGGAAGCACGUUGUGUGCGACAAGCCCGCAGGCUUGAGUCAAAGCGAGGCCUUGAAGAUGGUACGGGCCGCGCAGUACUAUCCUUCGUUGAUCAGCAUUGUUAAUCACAGUCUGAGAUUCCUGCCGACCUUCGUGCACAUGAAGAAAACUCUGGAAGAUGGAUAUCUGGGUGGACCAGUCACAGUUAUAGAAGUGAGAGUACAUAUGGGAAGUUUGUUGCACAACGGAUACGAUUGGCUGUGCGACGACACGAUGGGCGGAGGGAUUCUCGCGCUAGUAGGCAGUCACGUUAUAGACCUGAUCUCCCAUCUAACGGGUCAACGGGCGACGAGGGUGCACGCUGUUGUGAAGACGUUCAUUCAAAUGACUAAGUACAUCAACGGGAUCAGGCACGUCACGUCGCCGGAUUUCUGUAGCUUUCAGAUGGAGUUGAGCGGCGGCACCUUGGUGACGGCCACUCUGAGCAAUCACCUGCAGGGACAGCUGUCCCAAGAGGUGUUGAUAUGCGGCGGUGGGAAUUACAUGGUCGUACGUGGCGGCGAUUUAUACGGUUGUCGCGCAGGACAAGAGGAGAUUCUGUAUCGCGACACGGACGAUCUGCAGGGAAUAACCGUGCCGAUCGCCGAUUCCAUUCCACGGCCGUACAUCAAAGGGCUCAGAAAAAUGAUAGCCGCGCUGAGAGAGGCCUUCCAGUCCGUGGAGGAUAAGAAAGGUUGGAUGAAGGAGCCGGUGUUCUCCGCGUCCACGUUUGACGACAGCCUCUACGUGCAAGCGGUAAUUGACGCGCUACGUCAGAGUAACAGGCAGCGCGAGUGGGCCAAAGUCAACAUGCUGACGGAGGAGCCAGACCCGAAUCCUGUACUGAGCGCUGCUGUCAGGGCCACCGCUAUUUCGAUAUAAAAAGACUGCUUCGCGCGAGAGCCGAUUAUUGCUUGUAGAAAGAUUUGCGCUAUUCUCUCAUACAUUUUAGAGACUGUACACUAGAUAGAUCAAACGACACUGAUAGACGAGAAAUCAUAUUUAUUUAGGCAGCUAUUAUCGGCUUCUAAUUUUACUAUCAUUAAAUUAAUUUAAUGUUUCAUUCUCACAACGAUGACUUUUUUAACGCAUUGAAAUGACUGUUGCAUUGUACAUAUACAUAUAUAUAUAUACUAUGGAAGUAAUAUAUUUAUAGAUACUGUCAUGGUUGUGUUUAUAGUACAUAUUAA